AUGUCGAACCCAAGCUACGAAGAUCUGCCCUGGUGGGACACUUGCGCCUCUGACCCCAGCUUUGUCUACGAAAAGCCGAGUCCUCUGAGAAUUGUGAAAGGUGACAAAAACAUGAAUAAGCGGCAUACGGCAAACCAUCCUCAUCAAGAUAGCUCUAAACACAGACGGACCAUUCUGGGGGAUGGGUCUCUUACAGUCGCCAAGAGGCGAAAGAUCAACCCAGAACAAGUAGAUGCAGACAAAGAGAACUCAAGAUUGUCACAUAAUGACCAGGAGUCACCGCUGGCACCUCAUGCAACAGGCCGAGAAGAGGAGUCACCACUAUCCAGAAGAAGUCCACCUGUAGCACUGACCGAGGGCUCCAACACACUGCACCAGCCUAGACUAAAACGUUGGUUACCACCACAUGUAACCAUCACACCCGAAGUCACAACUGUCGAAAGAGGUUGCCAUAGAUUUUGGGUGGCUAUCGAGGUCUCGAUCAGACAAUGGCCUGAAACUGCGAUGAUAAAUCUGUUCACGGAUCUUGCUGGUUUGACACAAUGUGACCAAGAGGCAGGGGAUAUUUGCGACGAUAAUGGUCUUACCGAUUUGGACGUCCAAAUUCUGCCAACGGAAGAAUCCUCGGUUAUUCGCAUUCUUCAGGAACAGCCCUUUCCCAUUCACCGCUUGGACCCCGGAUCAAGCAUCUUUCUUCUAGCUCAAGUGCAGGUCCGUGUCUCAAAGGGUAUGCGGCGAUGCAGACAGACGUGUCUGCGAUUAGAAUCGGACAACCUGAUAGAAGCGCUUAAGGAGGAGUUGGGUGAUUCUACCGUAAGCUACAUGACCAUGCGGCUGUCAUAUCGAAAUUCGGCGUUUCCCAUGUGUCAAGAUAUGGGAAUUGUGGAGGAUGAGAUGUUCAGCAUGCACAGCAAGAUUGAGACGGUAGCCACAGCCUCCGUGAAACUCCACAAUGCCAUGUCGCUUUGGUCUCGUCCUCCGGCGUCGAGAUCCAAUCCACUAUUGCCACUGGUAGAAAGGCACUGGGGGGCCACAAACGCAAGGAAGGUAAUGGCACAGAUUGCCGCAGCAAAAUACGACACCAAGGAUUCAGAGCAAACGUGCUUUUUGCAACAGAAACAUUCGGAAGAAAAUGACUCCAGGACACAUAUCAAGCCCACUUGGAACCAUAACCCUGCCCCUCUGAUUCCUCUCAGAAAGGCAAGCCUUCAACGAGGCCGCACCGAGGCCGAUCUCGAUGAUAUAGAAAUGCACUCCCAAUCUCAUCAGAGAUCGAGACAAGGGUCGUCCAGAUGUGGCAGCUAUGCAUCAAGUUACAUGUCGAGGCCGAGAACCUUUAGGGGCGCGGGGGUGAAUAAUUCGGCUCAUACACGACCAAAAGAAGAGCAUAGCCGAGAUGGAAGUGAUGUUCCUGCUACUCGAAGCCGAAGAACCUUUUCUGGCAAAUCUGACAGCAGCACAUUGUGGAAGAGGCGGUCACUCGGGGCUGACACCCUCAGGGGUUUCUUCCCUUUGAUGGCGGGUUUGUCCUUAACGACAAGGGAGCGGGAAGUGGAGGAGCCCCGAGCAGCAUCGCCAGGGCGUAGCAGAGGCAAAAAGGAUGCAAGCAGAUGGGGAUGGGUGGCAUGGUUCUAG